GUGCAAUUCUCAGUCAACACCGACAGGGAGAGAACUUCAUUUCUUCAUCUCAAAUAUGGCGGCUUACCGAAGAAAACUGUUUGCUGUAGGAUUGAGCUGUGCAGCGUCCCUGAGCAGAGGCUCCAGUCAGAGUAGACGCGGACUGGCAGCGCUGCCCACCCUCCUCAGGAGGAACUGGAUGAGCUUGAGUCUCACAGGUGCUCUGUGUGCUGUUCCUUUCAUCCAGAAUCCGGAAAAUCUGACCCAUGAAGAUCUGGUGCGGAGAGCAUCAUCUCUGGUCACAAACAGUGCUAAUACUUACCUCUCACAAACUACUUUAGCACUGCUUGAUUCCAUCUCAGGUUAUGUUAAGGCUAUAAGCGGUCUUGUGACGAUCCACAGGCGCUAUUCAUCUUCGAUCAGCAAAUUUACUCCUGCGGAGGAGGAUGCAGUCUGGCAGGUCGUUCUUAGACAGCGUCAAGAGGUAAUUGACAGGAGAAACGAUUACAAACGAUUUCAAUCCUGCUGGAUGACGGCCAUCAAUCUUUCAAAGCUGGCAGCAGAAGCAGCUUUCAAUGCAGGGGCUGACCAAGCUUCUGUGGCAGCUCAGAACAGUCUACAGCUCACACAGUCCCAGGUGGAACAAGUUCGGCUGCAGAUGCAGGAAGCUGAGAGACAACUCAAAAACUCUAAAGCUGAGGACAGCGAGAGGCUUCAGAAUGCUCUCAGUGCUGCAAUGAAGGAGGAAGACGUCCCGGAUGCAUAUCUACGAGAGGACUAGUCACAUCGAGACAGCUUUAAAGCAUCUUAAGCACUCUGGUUCAAAGGCCUGCACCACUACUGAAGCACAGAAUUAUAUUUCUGUUUGAUUAAUAGGACAAAUGCUGUGAAAUGUGGGAGAAUCUGCGGUGCAGCCAGGAGAAUUUAUGUAAACGAUGCAUAAGUAUUAAAUACAAAACUAUGAGGGCAGGAAAAGGGAUAAAAACUUUCUAGAUCAUGGGCUGCACAUUUGUUUGUAAUUGAUAAAUGCAAUUAGAAUUUAAUGCCAUUUAAAUUUAAAUCAAUUCAUCAAAAUCAGCUUUUUUACCUGGUAGACAAUAUGAGUGAGUUAUGAUUACAGACAUAUACUACCUUUGUGAUUUCUUUCAUUUUUAAAUAAACAGUAAAAAAUA